CCACUGCUGACCAGCCCAGUCACCUGUGCUGAGCCUUCCUGCAGGCCUCCUUUCUGCCUCUGUGGGACCCUGUGACGGGGGGUCCAUCCGGCCAGAGAAGAAAACCCUCUCAUGCUAGUACUGCAGACCCCAGAGGGUCCCUUGUGGGUGCUGAGAUGGCCAAUGAGAAUCACGGCAGCCCCCGGGAGGAAGCGUCCCUGCUGAGUCACUCCCCAGGCACCUCCAAUCAGAGCCAGCCCUGUUCUCCAAAGCCCAUCCGCCUGGUGCAGGACCUCCCAGAGGAGCUGGUGCACGCUGGCUGGGAGAAGUGCUGGAGCAGGAGGGAGAACCGUCCCUACUACUUCAACCGAUUCACCAACCAGUCCCUGUGGGAGAUGCCCGUGCUGGGCCAGCACGACGUAAUUGUGAGUGCCAGCCUCAGGCGGGUCUCCGGGCAGCCUGGGGGCUUCCCCAAAUGUGCCCUGAGCCGUUAUUACACCCUCAGUCCUGGGCCACCCUGGGCCAGGACCUGGGGAUACGACGACGAGCAAGACAGAUACAGUUCUCGUCCUCAUGGAACCUACACUCAAACGGGACUGACGAGUAAACACAGUUAUAAUAAUAGUGAUACUGAACUUCUGCUUCCUGGUGGGCACUGGGCCAGUGACACAAUCUCGGACCCUUUGGGGCUGAAUGCAACCCCACUGCCCCAAGACUCGAGCUUGGUGGAAAAUCCCCCAGCUGAGAACAAGGCCCGAAAGCGGCAGCUCUCGGAAGAACAGCCAAGCGGCAAUGGUGUGAAGAAGCCCAAGAUUGAAAUCCCUGCAACACCCAUAAGCCAGUCAGUGCCGAGCUCCCCCAGUGUGCCAGGAACCCCAACGCUGAAGAUUUGGGGUGCAUCCCCUGAAGAUAAACAGCAGGCAGCUCUCCUCCGACCCACUGAGGUGUACUGGGAUCUGGACAUCCAGACCAAUGCUGUCAUCAAGCACCGGGGGCCUUCAGAGGUGCUGCCCCCACACCCCGAGGUGGAACUGCUCCGCUCCCAGCUCAUCCUAAAGCUCCGGCAGCACUACCGGGAGCUGUGCCAGCAGCGAGAGGGCAUUGAACCUCCCCGGGAAUCUUUCAACCGCUGGAUGCUGGAGCGCAAGGUGGUGGACAAAGGAUCAGACCCCCUGUUGCCAAGCAACUGUGAACCAGUCGUGUCGCCUUCCAUGUUUCGUGAAAUCAUGAAUGACAUUCCCAUCAGGUUAUCCCGAAUCAAGUUCCGGGAGGAAGCCAAACGCCUGCUCUUUAAGUAUGCAGAGGCUGCCAGGCGGCUCAUCGAGUCCAGGAGUGCGUCCCCUGACAGCAGGAAGGUGGUCAAGUGGAACGUGGAAGACACCUUCAGCUGGCUGCGGAAGGACCACUCGGCCUCCAAGGAGGACUACAUGGACCGCCUGGAGCACCUGCGGAGGCAGUGCGGCCCUCAUGUCUCAGCUGCGGCCAAGGACUCUGUGGAAGGCAUCUGCAGCAAGAUCUACCAUAUCUCCCUGGAGUACGUCAAACGGAUCCGUGAGAAGCACCUUGCCAUCCUCAAGGAAAACAACAUCCCAGAGGAGGUGGAGGCCCCCGAGGUGGAGCCCCGCCUCGUGUACUGCUACCCAGUACGGCUGGCCGUGUCUGCACCCCCCAUGCCCAGCGUGGAGAUGCACAUGGAGAACAACGUGGUCUGCAUACGGUAUAAGGGCGAGAUGGUCAAGGUCAGCCGCAACUACUUCAGCAAGCUGUGGCUCCUUUAUCGCUACAGCUGCAUUGAUGACUCUGCCUUUGAGAAGUUUCUGCCCCGGGUAUGGUGUCUUCUCCGACGGUACCAGAUGAUGUUUGGCGUGGGCCUCUACGAGGGGACGGGCCUGCAGGGCUCACUGCCUGUGCACGUCUUUGAGGCCCUCCACCGGCUCUUCGGCGUCAGCUUUGAGUGCUUUGCCUCACCCCUCAACUGCUACUUUCGCCAGUACUGCUCUGCCUUCCCCGACACAGACGGCUACUUCGGCUCCCGCGGGCCCUGCCUGGACUUCUCCCCACUGAGUGGCUCCUUUGAGGCCAACCCGCCGUUCUGCGAGGAGCUCAUGGACGCCACAGUCUCUCACUUUGAGAAACUGCUUGAGAGCUCCCUGGAGCCCUUGUCCUUCAUCGUCUUCAUCCCUGAGUGGCGGGAACCCCCAACACCGGCGCUCACCCGCAUGGAGCAGAGCCGCUUCAAACGCCACCAGCUGGUCCUGCCUGCCUUCGAGCAUGAGUACCGCAGCGGCUCCCAGCACAUUUGCAAGAAGUGGGUGCCUAGGGAAGGCAGGGGUCAGAGGGAUGGGCUGGCCCCCAGGCGAGCCCGCCCUGAGCGCUGCCUUUGCCCCCACAGGGAGGAAAUGCACUACAAGGCGGUCCACAACACAGCCGUGCUCUUCCUGCAGAACGAGCCCGGCUUUGCCAAGUGGGGGCCAACACCCGAGCGGCUGCAGGAGCUGAGCGCAGCCUACCGGCAGUCGGGCCGCAGCCACAGCUCCAGCUCCUCUUCGUCGUCCUCCUUGGAGGCCAAGGACCGGGACUCGGGCCGCGAGCAGGGCCCUAGCCACGAGCCUCACCCCACUUAGCACACCAUGCGGGGAGGAGGAGCCUGGGGUGCUGGUAUGGACUGCUGGGACUCAGGCCUCUUGGGGCUGAGCGGACCCCAGGGCCCUCCCCCUGAGGUGGCAGCGGGACUCAGGCUGCCAACGACAUAGGAAGAUUAUGGUUUUGCCAGGGCUCCCCUCCCUGCCCCGUCCCCCAACGCCACACCUCGAACUCACUCCAAAUCCCUUGUAAAUAGGCCCUGAUGCCUUCCUCUCCCAUGCCCCAGCCCUCCU